UUCAAAACGCAUAAUGGAACAGAAAAGGAUUUAUAAUUUUGAUGAAUUUUUUCUUGCACUAUAUCAAGUUCCCAUAAUCAAACGGGAACCCCCAGCAUUCCUUAUUGAAUUGCGUCUUAAACUAUCAAUAGUUUUUGCUUCGGGAUUAUUCAUUCAAAUGUUAAGCUUUUUAAGUACAAUUUUGAAGUACUAUUUCCAUGAUCUGGAUUUGAAACUUAACGAAUUAUCUGAGUGUUUGGCAGUUUUUGUUGGAAUUUGGAUUGUGAUUUACAGAGAAUUCACAUUUAUCAUGAAGAAAACAAGAAUUCGAAACUUCUUAAAAACACUCGAAGUAAUUUUUCCGAAAAACUACAAAGACCAACAGACCUAUCGUUUGGAUAAUUAUGCCAAAGAAAUCAUGGGAAAAAAUAAAACCAUAAGGCUGGCAAUUUUAAAUGCAACUUUAUUCAUACUUUUGAUACCAAUUUGCAAAUCGAUUUUCUUCUGGGUUGUUUCCGAGGACAACAAUUAUCAGUUUUUGUAUCCUUUUGUCGUGUGGAAUCCUUUUGGCACCUCCAGUUAUCUUGGUUACGCUGUGGUCUAUUGUUUUCAGGCCGCAACUAUUUUUGGGGGAUCUUACAGUUGGUUAAAGGAGGAUAUCAUAAUUGCAACGUCUACAGCUCAAUUAUGCAUGCAUUAUAGGUACCUGGGUGAGGAGUUGAGUAAGCUUGAUGCUCGACAAGGCGAGAGAACUAAUCGGCAGUUGGCCAGGCUUGUUCGAUUUCAAUACAAUUUAGACAGUAUUUGCAACGAAAUGAACGAAAUCUACAGCUUCAGUAAUUUUAUGACCUUUGCCUUUACGAAUAUUUGUGGUUGCAUGUUUUUGUUUUCGUUGGCUAAUUCGAAUGACUUAUUUAAGACUCCAGUAUUUGUGGUGGAUAUUUUCGCACUCAUGAUGUCGGUUUAUUUGAGAUGUUCCAUGGGGAUAAAACUGUUCGAUGCUAGUUCAAAUUUGCUUUAUUCCAUUUAUGACCAUAAUUGGUAUGAAGGCACACCCAAGUACAGAAAGAUGGUAUUGAUUAUGAUGAUAAAGGCUAAUAGACCACAAACCUUGCAAGCAUUCAAAAUGAAGACGGUAUCAAUGGAAUAUUUUAAAGAGAUCAUCGUUUCAACUUACGAAAUUUUCAUGUUUCUCUAUAAUGUAACUAAAUAAACAAACACACCAUUUUAAGUAAUUGUUUGAUAUUCUCUAAAACCAAUAUCUAUGCCUCAUAGAUUU